UAUAGCUCCGACGUUCAAGGAGGGAGCACGCGCGUUAACCGCAUUGCUGCACUCGCGCCGGUAUCGAAUACAUCAAUUAAAAUCGCGUGAAAAACACACAAAAUUAUAUUUAUCCCGUGCUUUUAGCAGUGUUGAGCGUGUGUGUGAAUUUUCUUAACGGCCCCGGUCCGCGUAUUUUCAAGGUAAACAAACACGGCAAUGUAAUUGGAUUUUGGCUACAAUAUUAAGUUGCAAUCAAUACAUCUAACGUAAAAGGACUAUUCAUAAUGUUCUGAUCCACUUAGGAGUUUGAUUGUUAUUCAAAAAUAUGAUCACAGACCGGGUCAUACGCGAGUGAAGUGAAGUGAAGUGAAUCUCUAACAUACGUCAGUGUUAACGCCAGUGUACUUUACAACUCAUGAUGGAAGCCCUUGAAAGGAGAGAAAAACUGCUGGCGAUCGCUGCUAUCGUGUUCAUCAUCUUUUGGUCUCAAUGUCCUGGUGUGGAGGGUCACCGCAACACCACGAAGAUGUCGUAUGUGUGCCCGCCGCAGUUCAUCCGGCUCGGUCACAGCUGUUACUUCUUCAGCGACAACAAUGCCACCUGGCAGAGCGCACUCUUCGCCUGCAAGGACCGUGAGAGCAACCUGUCGGUGCCAGCCCGCUGGGAGGACAGGAAUCUCCGCACCUAUCUCAACAAACAUGACGUUGAGAAAGCGAGCCGUUGGAUCGGCGGUAUCUACGACUACGGCGCGCGCGCUUGGAAGUGGGGCGGCGAACUACGGCGCAUGCACUACCAGUCAUUUUCCAAGAUGAAGCGCCUCUCCCCCGAGGAACUGAGGUGGAACUGCAUCGCCAUGAUGCCCGAACUUCUCUACAGAUGGGCUCCGCGCAGCUGCAUAGAGUCGAGGCAAUACAUUUGCCAAACUAAACUACGUAAGGUGCCGAAGACAAAGCUGAAAGACCUGCGACGACGCUGGCAGCGUAUGGGCAAGAUCAACGAGAUCACCGCCCCCAGCGUCAGCCGCGAGGUCGACGACCCCCGCACCAAUGACGUCACCACCAACCCAGUCGACAACCCUAAAGCCUUCGACCUCCGUCCCGCGCUGUACGGGCCGCGAGCCAACAGACGCGAACCGAAUCCGAUACGAAACCACCCGAAACCUUACGACCUUAGACCCAACGAGCUGAAGAAGAGAUCUAGACCCAACGCCCGCAGGCGGCUCACCAGACCCUUCCCUGGUUACAAAUGGAACCGUCACGACCCCGAGGCGUCGUUCCGGUACAACUCUGAGCUGCUGCGGUCGGGUCGCACGGGGCUGAGUCCGCAGCAGGUGAACGGGCAUUUAGCGCGGCUGCGGCACCUCCGCGACAGACAAGUCCGACGUCGGCGGCUGCGCGACGACGAUUGGCUCGUCAAUGACGUCAGACAAGUGCUAGUGCCGACGCACUCGCGCACUUACACUGUCGACAAUAAUAUCAGUGCUUUACACCCCAAGGCUAUUGUCGAAGAGUUCGAUAUGAUCCCGCGUCCCAUUGUACUGCCGAGACCCGCGCGCGGCUUAAACUAGUUAUAUAGAAAAAAGUAGGGCAUUUUUCGGAACUUAACUAGCCUCUAUUACCCAAAGAGAUUCAAAAAAUAUAUAGAGGAAGCAUAGUUGACACUUCACUUGACAUUUCAUAUCCACUAACGCUAUCUAUUGACAAAUCCUCAAAACCACAGGUUAUAAUUGACUUUAACUGUCAAUAGGUGUCGUUAAAUAAAAUUUUAGUUUAUGAGACUGUUUAGUUUUAAUAAACAAAAGAUAGAGCUUAUUAUAAUUUUGUAAAA